AUGAAGAUAUUUGUUCUCUCACUUUUCUUUAUUGCAGCGCUUGGAGUUAUUGAAAUUCCUCUCUCUCAUAUCUAUAAGACAGAGGAAGAGCAAUAUGCUUAUUUCAAGCUUAUUCAGCUCAGAAGGCUAUUUGGGGCAAGUAACGUCCCGCUUUCUAACUAUUUAGACGCUCAAUAUUAUGGCCCGAUUUCGAUUGGGACUCCUCCUCAGCCUUUUACUGUUGUUUUCGACUCAGGAUCUUCAGUCCUUUGGGUGCCAUCGUCAAAAUGCACCUCGCUAGCUUGCUAUAUGCACAAUACUUAUAACUCAGCUGCGUCAUCCACAUAUGUGAAGAAUGGGACAGCGCUUUCUCUUGAGUAUGGCAAAGGUGCUUGCACUGGCUUUGUGUCGCAAGACACUUUGACCUGGGGCGGAUUCACUGUCAAAAACGUUCAAUUUGGAGAAAUGACAUCUCUUCCUGGAUCUACCUGGGUGGAUAGCAAGCCAGAUGGGAUAUUAGGAAUGGCAUGGAUCUCAAUUUCAGCAGAUGGGCUGCCUCCAGCAUUCACUUAUUUAUAUAAACAAGGGCUGGUAACUAAUAACAGCUUUGCGUUUUAUUUAACCAAAAAUGCAAAUCAAGCAGGAAGCACUCUUACAUUAGGAGGCUAUAUAAAUUCUGCUGAAAUUGUCUUAUUUUUAUUAUAUGAGUAUUUUUGUUUAUUUAUUUGGAUUUGUAUAUAACUCAACGUUGUCGAAAGGGGACUGGAAUUACAUCCCUCUAUACAAGCAAGAGUGGUGGCUUAUCCAGAUGGGAGCAAUAACCGUAGGCGGGAAAGCUAUUUCCGGAACUGGAUUCAAAGCGAUUCUCGACACUGGGACCUCGCUACUUGUAGGAAGCUCUAAAAUUGUGAACCAAAUUAAUGCCAUAAUUGGAACAGUAGCUGAAGAUUGUUCAAAUAUAAGUAAGCUUCCAACAGUAAAUAUUGUUCUUGGAGGAGUUACUUAUGCUAUGCCUCCAAGUGCUUAUGUCUGGCAAAUCCCUAACGGGAACACCUAUCAAUGCAUCAACGGAUGGCAAGCUGAUGACUUACUCUAUACUUAUAAAAUUUUAUCCUAUAAAUUAUGAAGUUUCUUUCUAAAAUCCUAGGUUUUUUUAAUUUUUUUUAGAUGAAAAUGAGUUAGGAGUUGGAAUGGAAAAUACAGUUAUCCUUGGUGACCUCUUUAUUAGAACUUAUUACACUUACUUCGACAUGGGCAACUCAAGAAUUGGACUUUCAACUGCGGUUUAA